UAUCAGAUGACCACUGCGCACUGAUAAUGGUUUACCCUUUAAAUAGAGCCACUAGCUACAUUGUCACUCCCAGUUGAAGAUGUCGAUUUGGCUGGUGACAUUACUGGCGUUUUUCGCCGCCUUGGCGCAAGGCAAACCUGGUUAUGGACCCGGGGAUCAGGACUGGGGCUUCGUGGAUGUGCGUCCCGGUGCCCACAUGUUCUACUGGCUAUAUUACACCACCGCCAAUGUUUCCAGCUACACGGAAAGACCCCUAGCCAUUUGGCUCCAGGGAGGUCCUGGUGCCUCCUCCACGGGAUAUGGAAACUUCGAGGAACUUGGACCAGUGGACCUUUAUGGCGAUUGGCGCAGCUGGACCUGGGUGAAGGACAUGAAUGUCCUGUUCAUCGACAAUCCCGUAGGCAGUGGCUUCAGCUACGUGGAUAACACGGCGCACUUCACGGCCACCAAUAAGGAGAUUGCCCUCGAUUUGGUGGAGCUGAUGAAGGGCUUCUAUAGCCUGCACCCGGAAUUCGAGGAGGUGCCGCUGCACAUCUUCUGCGAGAGUUACGGCGGGAAGAUGGCUCCCGAAUUCGCCCUGGAAUUGUGGAACGCCAAGGAGCGUGGCGAGGUGAAGAGCAACCUCACUUCGGUGGCCCUGGGGGAUCCUUGGACAUCGCCCAUAGACUCUGUGCUGGCCUGGGGACCUUUUCUUAAGGAACUGGGCAUUGUGGACCACGCGGGAUACAAUGCCAUUCAGGAGGCGGCCAACUUCACAGCUCAGUUGGUGGAGGAGGAGCGCUGGAUCCAGGCCACCUACCAGUGGGGCAACACCCAGUGGGAGGUGAUGAAGGCCUCCAAGGGAGUGGACUUCUACAAUGUACUGAAGGAGACGAAGGGCGGUCUCUACCAGAGGCAAAAGGCCUUGACAACCGAAGAACGUAUCUAUCGCACCAUGGUGAAGUACGAUAUUGAUGAGGAUCGCACUCAAAUUCUGGAGGACCUGAUGAGGGGUCCUGUAUCGGAAACCCUGGGAAUCCCCUCGAACGUCGUCUGGGGAUCGCAGAGUGGUACCACCUUCGACAUCCACAGAACCGACUUCAUGAAACCAGUCAUUCACAUUGUAAACGAAUUGCUGGAGAAGACCCCUCUGAAGGUGGGUGUGUUUUCCGGUGGCCUGGAUCUGAUCUGUGCCACUCCGGGCACAGUCAACUGGAUAGCCAAACUGGACUGGAGCCACAAGGACGAGUACCUGUUUGCUCCUCGGAACGCCAUCACCGUGGACCGCAUUUUGGAGGGCUAUCAAAAGUCGGGCGGUAACUUUACCAUGUUCUGGAUCAACCGAAGUGGUCACAUGGCUCCGGCGGACAAUUCAGCGGCCAUGAGUCAUGUCCUGCGAGAGUUUACCACCUUUGGGUAGAAUCGUUUUUUUUAAAUAAACAAUUGUAUAUUUUAUUCCU